AUGUCUGAGGGCGACGGCGGCCAGAACGGGGCCCAGAGGCCGGCGGCUAGUCAAGCUCCCGCGCCCCGUAAGAAAUUCGCGAUCCCGCCCGUCAAGAACGCAUGCUUGUCUUGCCGCGCAUCGAGGACGAGAUGCAACGGCGAACGUCCGUGCGCAAGUUGCGUGACUAAGGAUCGCGACUGUGUCUACAAGCCGAGUAGGCGGGGAGGGCCUCGCAUCCGGAAGAAGGCUCGUCCCCUUUCGGACUAUCAAGAUAUAGCCAUUUCGCUUCCAACCCAGCAGGAAGAAGUUCCUCAGGAGUCGCUUCUUAUCGAGCAUUACAUAGACCCCGGCGCGGGUCUCAAGCCCUUGGCUGAUAUCUGGAGAGAUAGCGAUGCUAUUUACGACAAUCUGUUCCAAGACACCUUGGAGAAUACCAUUCCUAGUGUCAAGAUCCCGAUGGUCAGGACCUACGGGGGAAACGAGAGGGCCAUAUUGAACGCCUACUACAUAUGGAUUCAUCCUUACUUUCCCAUCCUGCCGCCGCCGGAGACGGUGCCGGUGCUCGACCAGGCAGUGCCUCUUUUCGAGAACCAGAGAGACAAGUUUGAGGAGCCAGUCUCCGCCAUCAGUCUGGCAAUCUCGGCAAUUCUCGCCCUCAUCCCAUGUCCUCAGGAUCCCAGUCCGCUCGAGCCCGAGUCGAUUCGUUGGAGGCGAACUUACUCGCAGUUCCUCGCCAAGUCGGCCUUGGAGAGCAUCGAGAGCGAGACCGAGCGGCCCGAGUCGUCCGUUGAGCCUCCGAAGGCUCUGGAUGAUUCCGACGAGGAGGUUUUACGAGAGAAGUUCCACUCGCAGGUCCCUCUAGAAUUAGAGAGCAUCAUUGCUCUUGACCUGCUCAGCGUCUACGAAUAUGCGCAACGCGGAAACCUAAAGAAGAUGAGAGCGAGGGUCGGGGCGGCCUUGGUAGCUGCCAUGUCCCUGAUGCUCCACACUCGUAGUGAUGUAGAGGAUGAGUACGCGGAAGCGCGACGCCGCACCUGGUGGAUGACAUAUAUCUGCGUCUGCCAGGGGUCAAUCGUUAGCAAUACGCAACCGACAUUCGAGGUCUUCGCGUCUAGCUUCACGGCCAAGUACCCUACCAUCAAGGCCGACCCAGAUGCAUUUCCGUUGUUUGUCCAAGCCCAGCAAGCUAUCUUGGCGGCUACCCAGUUCGUCAUCGAAUUCAACAAGGCCAGAAAGGAGCAGUCGGAUAUGACCCGAAUAUUCAACCGGAUGCGGGAGCUCGAACGGCUUUUGGAACCUCUCAUCGCCAAGUCUGAGGCGUGGGUGUUGAAUUGCCCGCUGACGCAGCCGGUCGAUAAGAGGGAGUCUGUCCUGUCCCAGUCGCUGCGGUGCAUGUCGCGCAUUAAGCUGAAUAGCGCCCGUAUCAAAGUCCACCGCUAUUGCGCAUUCUUCGACCUCGCCGUCUUUUCGGCUAAGCACUGCGACCUCAGGAGCACAGCAGAGAAAGUUGAAGUCGAUAGCCCAGAGCCUAUGCAGCUCCAGUCAUGUUGUACCACUACGUUGAGCAGCACGCCCUCGAUGAACUCGAGCCAAUCCGGUGGAUCGGUCUCCCCGACGCUCUCGAGUCGAUCGACACCGAACACAGAUUGCUGCAGCUUCAACUAUCAGCCGGCCACUCCCAUGGCUCAUACCGGCCCCACCCUCACGUUCCCGUUUACCACCCAUCACUCGUCGAAGGUGUGCCUGAGGUCCGCUCUGAAUAUCGCGCAAGCGUUUGAUUCCCUGCCGUAUCCGAAUCCCACCGGCCUGCUUUGUGAUACUCCAUGCUACAUCGGACCGUCCUCUACGCUGAUCACACCGAGGACGAUGCCCUCAUUUGCUUGCUGCGCGAUGCAGUGUAGUUACGCAUUGCUUAUGGUCAAGGACAGAACAGAGUCCAUGUACCCACCCACCAGCACCGAUCCUAGUCCCCUCGUAGACAAUCUUCGUGACCGCCUCCAGCAAGGCCUAGUGUCGAUAUUGGUCACGCUCGAGAAUUACGCUACCGCUUUCGAAGCCUUGGGUGGAAUGCGAGACCAAAUCCGGGACAAAGUUGAUCUAGCAUUAGGAUUCUGA